ACGGCCUACCUCAGGACAUCGUUUCGGACAGGGGUCCGCAAUUCAGCGCCCGUUUCUGGAAGGAGUUCUGCAACCUCAUCGGCGCUUCAGCAAGUCGGACAUCGGGUCAUCACCCAGAGUCUAACGGCCAGACUGAGAGGAUUAACCAGGAAUUAGAGACCGGUCUUCGAUGUCUGGUAUCCAUGGACCAGAGCACGUGGAGCCAGCACAUCAGGUGGGUGGAGUAUGCCCACAAUUCUCUACCCUCCGCUUCAACAGGUAUGGCUCCACUCCAUGUCGUGCAUGGGUAUCCUCCGUCCCUGUUUCCUCCACUGGUCACAGAAUCCACAGUUCCGUCGGCCCUGGCCGUGGUGCGACGCUGCAAACGGACCUGGGAAGCAGCUCGGAGGACACUGCUGCGCAUGAGCAGCGCCUACAAGGCCGCAGCAGACCGCAAGAGGAGGGCCGCACCAGAGCUCAGAGUGGGACAGCGAGUGUGGCUCUCCACCAAAGAUCUCCCGCUGCGGACAGAAUCCCGCAAACUUGCUCCCAGGUCGAUGAGGGUGCACCCUACGUUCCACGUCAGCAGACUUCGCCCGAAUCGCACAUCGUCGCUGGCUCCUCCGCUCAAAUCCCCCCUGCCCCCCCGCAUGGUCGACGGUGGGUUGGUGUACACUGUGCGCCGGUUGCUGUCUUCCCGUCGCAGAGGAAGGAGGGUCCAGUACCUGGUGGACUGGGAGGGAUAUGGCCCGGAGGAGCGCUCUUGGAUCCCCUCCCGCUUCGUCGUGGACCGCUCCCUCAUCAGGGACUUUCACGCGGCUCACCCUGAUGCUCCUGGGCCGUCCAGAGCCGGCCUUGGGGGGGGGGGGGUUCUGUCAUGCUCCUGGAUUCCAGCCAGGGCUGGGCGUGGCCAGCUGAUCUAAAGGUGCACACCUGCGCCUCAUGACCUUUGAUUAAGACCCAGUACAUAUAGGACCCGGGGGACGACUAUUACUCUGCUAGAUCGUUGCCUCUCAUGCCUCGUUCCCGCACUACCGUACUCCUGACGUGUACCGACCAACGCCUGUCUCCCGACCU